GGGAGAGGGGAGGAAAGCACAGGACUGCCGGGUGUCAGGGCGGGCUCCGGGGCUGCGUGGUGGGCUCGCUGCCGCCACGCCCCUGGCCCCCGCUGGCCCCACCAAAGCAGACCGCGCGCGUGGGGUUCCCGCAGCGCAGCUUUUCUUCUGCCUUUGCCCAAAUCUCCCUGACGAUGCUCCAGUCCCCGGCCUGGCCAGCAGGCGGCGGCCGCGGGGCAGUGAGCCAAAGGCCGGGUAGCCUGAGUUGGGGCAGGCUUCUCCCUAGCACCUCUCUCCACGCCCCCUUCUCUUACCCAAACUCCGAGAGACCCCAAGGCUGCACUCUGCCCCACCAAGCUCCCACCUGGAAGUGCUCCGCGGAUGGGGAAGCCCAUUUUCUAGAUAAGCCCACUGAGGCUCAAAGGGCCGCGCCGACUUGAUCCUGCGCCCUCACCCUUUAGGAGCGGCUCAGCCCCAGCCCCACCCCUUCCAAGUUGCCUCCGGGCCCUCACCUGCCCAGCCCCACCCAGACUCCUCGCUCACUGCCUGUCUACCCCAUCAGCGCACCCCCGGACGCUAUGGCCCACUCCUCCGGCCGGCCCUGCGUGUAGGAUGGUAGCACACAACCAGGUGGCAGCCGACAAUGCAAUCUCCACGACAGCAGAGCCCCGACGGCGGCCAGAACCUUCUUCAUCCUCCUCCUCCUCCUCUUCGCCCGCGGCACAGGCUCGCCCGCGGCCCUGCCCGGCGGCCCCGACUCCGGCCCCGGCCCCGGGUGACACGCACUUCCGCACGUUCCGCUCGCACGCGGAUUAUCGGCGCAUCACUCGGGCCAGCGCGCUUCUCGACGCCUGUGGCUUCUACUGGGGGCCCCUAAGCGUGCACGGGGCGCACGAGCGGCUGCGCGCCGAGCCCGUGGGCACCUUCCUGGUGCGGGACAGCCGCCAGCGGAACUGCUUCUUCGCCCUCAGCGUGAAGAUGGCCUCAGGCCCCACGAGCAUCCGCGUGCACUUCCAGGCCGGCCGCUUCCACCUGGACGGCAGCCGCGAGAGCUUCGAUUGCCUCUUCGAGCUGCUGGAGCACUACGUGGCGGCGCCGCGCCGCAUGCUGGGGGCCCCGCUGCGCCAACGCCGCGUGAGGCCGCUGCAGGAGCUGUGCCGCCAGCGCAUCGUGGCCACCGUGGGCCGCGAGAACCUGGCGCGCAUUCCUCUCAACCCCGUCCUCCGUGACUACUUGAGCUCCUUCCCCUUCCAGAUCUGACCGGCCGCGCCCGCCGCGCACGCAGCAUUAACUGGGGCGCCUUCUUAUUUUCUAUUAUUAAUUAUUAUUUCUCUGGAACCACGUGGGUGCCCUCCCCACCUGGGUUGGAGGGAGCUGGUGUAGGGGGCGAGACGCCUCCUGCUCUGGGCUGGAGACAGGGCUGCAGACCCCUCCCCACCUCUUGUGGGGAUGCCCCCUCCUGGUGCUCCCUCUGGGUUUCCCUGGUUGUCGUAGCAGCUUAACUUAACUGUGUCUGGGGCCAGGACCUGAACUCGUACCUCCUACCUCUUCAUGUUUACAUAUACCCAGUAUCUUUGCACAAACCAGGGGUUGGGGGAGGGUCUCUGGCUUUAUUUUUCUGCUGUGCAGAAUCCUAUUUUAUAUUUUUUACCACCAGUUUAGGUAAUAAACUUUAUUAUAAAAGUUUUUUUUU